CGUCGGAGCGCCGCCAUGUUUCCCUUCACCGUGAACUUCAAGGUGUCGGCGCGCACCCUGACGGGCGCCCUCAACGCCCACAACAAGGCGGCGGUGGACUGGGGCUGGCAAGGAUUAAUUGCUUAUGGAUGUCACUCGCUUGUGGUGGUAAUUGAUUCCACUACUGCCCAGACUCUUCAAGUUUUAGAAAAACAUAAAGCUGAUGUUGUGAAGGUGAAAUGGGCCAGGGAGAACUACCACCACAACCUCGGCUCUCCGUAUUGCCUGCGCUUGGCCUCCGCUGACGUCAAUGGGAAGAUCAUCGUGUGGGACGUAGCCGCAGGCGCAGCUCUCUGUGAGAUCCAGGAGCACGCCAAGCCUAUCCAGGAUGUUCAGUGGUUGUGGAAUCAAGAUGCUUCUCGAGACUUGCUGCUUGCUAUCCACCCGCCAAAUUACAUUGUGCUUUGGAAUGCAGACACUGGCACCAAGCUGUGGAAGAAGAGCUAUGCGGAUAACAUCCUGUCUUUUUCUUUUGACCCUUUCGAUCCCUCACAUUUAACCUUACUCACCAGCGAGGGCAUCGUGUUCAUCUCCGACUUCUCUCCAUCCAAGCCUCCCUCGGGCCCUGGGAAAAAAGUGUACAUCUCCAGUCCCCACACCAGCCCGGCUCACAGCAAGCUGGCCGCGGCCACAGGAGCCAAGAAGGCACUGAAUAAAGUCAAAGUUCUAAUCACGCAGGAGAAGCCUAGUGCUGAAUUUGUAACUCUGAAUGACUGCCUCCAGUUGGCCUAUCUGCCCUCCAAAAGGAAUCACAUGCUGCUGCUGUAUCCUCGAGAGAUUUUAAUCCUUGACCUAGAGGUGAAUCAGACAGUGGGUGUCAUUGCAAUAGAACGAACAGGAAUCCCAUUUCUGCAGGUAAUACCCUGCUUUCAGCGUGAUGGUUUAUUUUGCCUGCAUGAAAAUGGUUGUAUAACUUUACGUGUUCGAAGAUCUUAUGAUAGCAUUUUCACCACUUCAAAUGAUGAAGCAGAUCCAGAUCCUGUUCAAGAGCUUACGUAUGAUUUACGAAGCCAGUGUGAUGCUAUCCGGGUGACGAAAACAGUUCGUCCCUUCAGCAUGGUGUGCUGUCCCGUCAAUGAGAAUGCAGCCGCCCUCGUUGUGAGCGAUGGCCGGGUCAUGAUAUGGGAGCUCAAGUCAGCCGUGUGUACUCGAAGUUCACGCCACAGCAGUUCUGGUGUGUCACCUUUGUACUCCCCAGUGUCAUUCUGUGGAAUUCCUGUAGGAGUGCUACAGAACAAGCUCCCAGACCUUUCUCUGGACAACAUGAUCGGGCAAAGUGCAAUCGCUGGGGAAGACCAUCCCAAAGGCUCCAUUCUGCAGGAGGUGCACCUCAAAUUCCUGCUCACAGGACUGCUCUCAGGACUGCCCUGUCCUCAGUUUGCCAUCCGCAUGUGCCCUCCACUGACCACAAAAAACAUCAAGAUCUAUCAGCCACUGCUGGCUGUGGGUACGAGCAGCGGCUCUGUCCUGGUGUACCACCUCACCAGUGGCCUGCUGCACAAGGAGCUGAGCAUCCACUCGUGUGAGGUCAGGGGUAUCGAAUGGACAAGUUUGACCAGUUUUCUUUCUUUUGCUACCUCAAUACCAAACAAUAUGGGAUUAGUAAGAAAUGAACUACAGCUGGUUGAUCUUCCAACAGGUAGAAGCAUUGCUUUUCGUGGUGAACGAGGCAACGAUGAGUCUCCCAUUGAAAUGAUUAAAGUGUCUCAUUUGAAGCAGUAUUUGGCAGUUGUCUUCAAAGAUAAACCCUUGGAGUUAUGGGAUGUUAGGACUUGCACCCUUCUUAGAGAAAUGUCCAAGAAUUUUCCUGCAAUAACUGCUCUGGAGUGGUCUCCAUCUCACAACUUGAAGAGCCUAAGAAAGAAACAGCUGGCCACCCGAGAGGCCAUGGCGCGCCAGACUGUGGUCUCGGACGCGGAGCUGAGCAUCGCUGAGUCGUCUGUGAUCAGCUUGUUGCAGGAGGCAGAAAGUAAAUCUGAACUCAGCCAGAGCAUCUCUGCUCGCGAGCAUUUUGUCUUUACGGAUAACGAUGGCCAAGUCUAUCAUCUCACGGUGGAAGGAAACUCUGUGAAAGACAGCGCUCGGAUUCCACCCGACGGAAGCAUGGGCAGUAUUACCUGUAUUGCUUGGAAAGGGGAUACGUUGGUGCUUGGAGAUAUGGAUGGAAAUUUAAACUUUUGGGAUUUAAAAGGCAGAGUAUCCAGAGGAAUACCCACACACCGAAGCUGGGUGAGGAAGAUUCGCUUUGCCCCUGGCAAAGGAAACCAGAAAUUGAUAGCAAUGUACAACGAUGGUGCCGAAGUUUGGGACACUAAAGAGGUUCAGAUGGUAAGCAGUUUAAGGAGUGGGAAAAAUGUGACCUUCCGGGUAUUGGACGUGGACUGGUGCACGUCAGAUAAAGUGAUCUUGGCCUCAGACGAUGGCUGCAUCAGGAUCCUGGAGAUGUCUAUGAAGUCUACGUGCUUCAGAAUGGAUGAGCAGGAGUUAACGGAGCCCGUGUGGUGCCCGUACGUGCUCGCCCCCAGGGCCGCCCUCGCCCUGAAGGCCUUCUUACUGCACCAGCCGUGGAACGGGACGUACUCCUUGGACAUUUCUCACAUUGAUUAUCCAGAAAAUGAAGAAAUAAAGAACCUCCUUCAAGAGCAGUUGAAUUCAUUGUCUAACGACAUAAAGAAACUCUUGCUUGAUCCAGAAUUCUCUCUUCUGCAGAGGUGCCUGCUUGUUUCAAGGCUGUAUGGCGAUGAGUCGGAGCUGCACUUCUGGACAGUGGCGGCCCACUACCUGCACAGUCUGUCCCAGGCCAAGUUGGGGAGCACAGCGGAGACUAAGGAAGCCGCUCCUCGGGACAAGUUGAACAACCCACUGGACAUAUGCUACGACAUCCUCUGUGAAAACGCCUACUUCCAGAAAUUUCAGCUGGAAAGGGUUAAUCUACAGGAAGUAAAACGGUCAACUUACGAUCACACCAGGAAAUGUACUGACCAGCUCUUACUCUUGGGUCAAACAGACAGAGCUGUGCAGUUGCUGUUGGAAACAAGUGCAGAUAACCAGCAUUAUUACUGCGACUCUCUGAAAGCCUGUCUGGUCACCACUGUCACCUCCUCAGGCCCCUCUCAGAGCACCAUCAAGCUGGUGGCAACUAACAUGAUUGCUAACGGCAAGCUGGCAGAGGGAGUUCAGCUGCUCUGCCUGAUUGACAAGGCCGCGGACGCCUGCCGCUACCUGCAGACCUACGGCGAGUGGAGCCGGGCAGCCUGGCUUGCAAAGGUCCGAUUAAAUCCUGAAGAGUGUGCAGAUGUUCUCAAGCGCUGGGUUGACCACCUCUGUUCCCCACAAGUGAAUCAGAAGUCCAAGGCCCUCCUGGUCCUUCUCUCUCUGGGCUGCUUCUCCAGCGUAGCAGAGACACUCCACAGCAUGAGGUACUUCGACAGAGCGGCCUUGUUUGUGGAAGCCUGCCUGCAGUGCGGUGCCUUUGAGGUCAGCGAGGACACAGAGAGACUCAUCACUGCCGUAUACGCAGAUUACGCCCGGAGCCUGAAGAACCUUGGUUUUAAGCAGGGAGCGGUUCUUUUCGCUUCAAAAGCUGGAGCGGCCGGCAGAGACUUGUUGGACGAGCUUGCGUUGCACAAUGUCGAGCUGACGGAGGAGUGACGGGCUGUGUGCUGGGGCUGCGGACGCGGUGGAAGUGCAGAGGGAUGUGGAAGGCAGGGUCCUCGUGGGCUGUCCACCCCCUGCCAAGGCCGUGUGUGCACAGCACCGUGGGCAUUCGGUAUUCCCGAGACAGGUGGAGCUCCGUGACAUUUUAUGCCCUGGGAGAGAGAGUUUUAAGAUCCCCGGAAAUACUUUCUAACUUUUUCUUUCAAGAGAUUGAAUUAAUCUUCUUACUGGCUAAAUGCAAAGCGUUUGAUAAUUCUACAGUAGUGGACGCUCAUGAGACCAAUUUUCACGUACAUGAUGUUAUAUACAAUCACUCAAGAUACAAACAAGACAGAAGUAUUUAAGUGAGCCCACCAGAGCGGCUUUCAUUGUCUUACCAUGGUUGACUCCUUCGUUCAGACACUCACUGAACUUUGUAAUUUUAGGCUCGUGGGCUCGUGGGAAGGUUCAGCUUUGUGUCCAGUGUCAGGAUGUGUGGGUGGCCUAUGGCAUUUAGAAUUUCACUCCUGUGAUGCAUUCCAAUAACCUCCGGCAGAAAAUCUUUUUUGUCCUUGAACUUUCUGUCUUUGUGUUCUUCCAAUGGCUGAAAUCUAUGAGAUGUAACUGUCAUAAAUUAUUGAUGAGAAUUUAAAUGUUUCUAUCCACAAAAAAAUCAUCUAAAUAUAAAGGUAACUCCCCCAGGA